CGAACCGAGCCGAACCGAGCCGUGCAGGGAGAGGCCGGGAUGGGGCAGGCAGAGCCGGGAGGGAUCGGGUUGAACAACCGGAUCUGAUCCGGUCCAAACCGGGGCAGGAUCCAAGCCGACAGUGUCACACUGAAUCGGGUAGGAUGGGGCUGAACGGGACGGGAUGGGAUCGGGGAGCGGAUCGAGCCACCAGAGCUUGAGCUGGGCUGUGGGGUAACACCGAGCACGCACCCAGCCCCAUUGGGGCCGUGCCCAGGGUGGGCUGGAGUCCUGGGCGCCCCAAGUGGGCACAGGGCUCCUCAGGGGACCUGGCGGGGGUCCCACGCCCAUGGGAUGGCACAGCCCCGAGCUGCCCAUCAGAACGUGCCACCUACAGGGGGCUGGUUGAGGCCCCCCAGCUGUGCCCUACACCCUAAGCUGGUGGUUUCCUAAUGGGAUCCGGCUGAGCAGGGACCUGCCUGCCUCUCCUCUGGCUGCCAAGUGUCGGUGUCAGUGAGGGGUGGUUGGGCAGCCCUAAGUGCAGAGGGGGGCUUGGAAAUGCCACCACCCCAAUGGCGGGGGGGCGGGGGGACGUGUCCACCCCAAUAAGGUCGGGAUGGGCAAACCUCUGCUGGCUUCUCCUGCAGUGCCCCGGGGAUCACACCCCACAUUGCACGUGGUGAGCCCUAAAACGGUUCCAUGAAGGUCUGCUCAAGGGACCCGGUGUCCCCCAGCAUGUAUACAUGCAUAUAGAGUUACAGAUACGCAGGGAUGCAGGUACGGGCGCACAGAGAGGUGUGUGCUCACAGGUUGUGUGUCCAGAAGCUUAAAGCUUUGGGUAUCUAUGGACAGAAGUGUGCAUAGGUGUGGGCCCGUAUCUGCACGGAGGUAUAUUCCUGUGUAUAGGCACAGAGAUGUGCACGGGGAUGUAUUUGUAGACACAGGCACAGAGCUUUGAGUGUGCACGUGUGUUUGGAGAUUUAUUUUCACAUAUAUAUGUAGAGAAUAAUGUAUAUACAUUGGAUGCGUGUGGGUCUGUGUGUUUAUAGACCAUAUUUAAGAUUGUUUAGGUUUGUACAGAGGUAGAUAUCUAUGCAUAGAGGCAUACAGAUGCGUGGAGGUAUAGAUGUGCCUGUAUAUAUAUGCUUGUCUGUGAAUAUUUAUGCACAUGGGUGAACAUGUGGGUGCACAUGUGGGUUUGUGGGUGUAUGGUGCAUACAUGAGUGUGUGGGUACGUACCUCGGAGUUCACCCAAACCCGUCCCAUGGCUGGAGGCUGCCAGCUGAGCCCGGGCAGCUCAGUGCAGGAGCUCUGCACUGAGUUCUCCAUCCCUGUCCCCUUUCGCCACCAUCCCACUCCAUGGAGGAAAACAGCCCCGUGGCGUCCCAAAACGUGACAUGGGGCCAGGUUGUUUUCCAGAGCAGGAAGGCAGCCCCGAGCUAUGUGUUUUCCCCUUCUCACAUCUCCUCUCCGACCUGCUUUGCCUAAUCCCUGCCCCCGCAGUGCAGGUUUGCUGGGUUUCAUGCAAGCGCAUUUGCAGACGCGUUGUGUGCAUGGGAUGAGCUUCGUGUCCGUGAGUCCACAGACCGACACUGGGUUUAUUUUAUUGCUGGGGCAAAAAACCAUGGGAGAUGCCUGGAGAGCAACAGAGCGGGGUGCAUGUGGGGCCAGCACCCCACUACACUGCACGUCCCAGAUCACUCACCUCGAAGCCCUUCAUCUCUAGGCUUUGAUAAAGGGAGAGUUCCCCUAUAUUACCCAUGGAGGGCUGCAAAUCCGCUGAGCUGCAGCUUUCACUUCCACCGUGGUGCAGAACCAGAAACCAUCCCAACAGCCUCCGACAGCUCCCACUUCUCCUUCCUACCUUUCCCUCAUUCCCUCUCACGCAGUGAUAAAUCCCACUGCACCCUGCACAGCCCCCACCCAGCACAGGGCAGCCCCUUCCCUGCUUGGAGCCCUCCUUUCCCCAUGGGUUUUGCUCUGUGCACAUCACUAUGGCAUUAGGGCAGCCCAUUUUUUUUUUGGCUGCUUUUCUUUAGGUCAGGAGUGUUUCACCACCAACCAUGCACAUAACCUUGAGCAUGUCCUUCUUGUCCCCUACAAGUAGUGUUUUGGGGGUAAAAUCUGCUCAAGAGACCAUAAUGCAUUGCAAAGCUCAGCUCUUGGAGCUGGAGCUCCUUUGGGUGGCUUUGAGGGCAGAAGGGACUUUUUGAAGGAUGGUGCCACUCAUCUCAUGAUUGCAAAGUUCGUGUCUCGCUUUCUUUUUCUCUUGGGAAUCCUUCCUGGAGAUGUAAUAGCCAUGUCUAUGGCUCAACGCAGGAAGGACAAACCUCAACCCAAUGUUCCGUUGUCCCACUGACCCAUUGUCCCAUUGUCCCAUUCUCCCAUUGACCCAUUGAUCCAUUGUCCCAUUGGCCCUUUGGCCAGUUGGCCCAUUGGACCGUGCCAUCAGCCUGGAGCACAGACCAGCACUGUGCCAAUGGGUUUCACUUGAAUUUGUGGCCUAUUUUUGCAAAAGCAGCAAGUUGCUUGAAAGGACCAAGGGGGAACAUCUGAUUCCUCUGCACGAGGCAAAUUUAGAACACAGAACACACUCUGCUGCAGCUGUGCGCUCGUGCCAGACUUGGCCACAGCUCCCUGGUCUGGAAGGGAGCAGAACCAAAGCAGUAAUUGCGUUAGGAUGGAGGAGAAUGCACAUAUUCAGUCCUAUAAAUAUUAUUUAUUUUAGCAGCCUUGCAGGUGGCCUGGGGCACCCGUGGGUGCUUGUGGUGUGGUGUCACUGCUGUCACGUCCCCAGGUCCCUCUCUGGGCUGAGCCUGGUGGCACAUCCUCAGGUAUCACUUCGUGCCCCCAUUCUGCUCUUCUGGGGUACGGGGAACACUGUGCCCCCCCACAUGGCCGCAUGCUGCACAGUGCCACGCAGUGCUGUGCCCACGCUGUCACUUGGUUUCUGUUCCCCAUUUGGUGCUCGGCUGCCACAUCAGAGUGGGAAGGGGAAGUGAUGCUGCAGAUGCAACCAGGACCUGGAAAGAGUCCAGGGCCCAGCACCCCUGAGCACCUCAGCAGGUGCUUUCCCCAGUGAAGAGGGGACUGUGAGCAUGGCCAACUUCACAGCUGGGAGGAACUCGUGCACCUUCCACGAGGAGUUCAAGCAGGUCCUGCUGCCCCUGGUCUACUCAGUGGUGUUUCUGCUGGGGCUCCCGCUCAACGCUGUCGUCAUCGGGCAGAUCUGGCUGGCCCGCAAGGCGCUGACCCGCACCACCAUCUACAUGCUGAACCUGGCCAUGGCCGACCUGCUCUACGUCUGCUCCCUCCCUCUCCUCAUCUACAACUACACCCAGAAGGAUUACUGGCCCUUCGGAGACUUCACCUGCAAAUUCGUCCGCUUCCAGUUCUACACCAACCUGCACGGCAGCAUCCUCUUCCUCACCUGCAUCAGCGUCCAGCGCUACAUGGGGAUCUGCCACCCCUUGGCCUCGUGGCACAAGAAGAAGGGGAAGAAGCUGACGUGGCUGGUGUGUGCCGCGGUGUGGUUCAUUGUCAUCGCCCAGUGCCUGCCCACCUUCGUCUUCGCCUCCACCGGCACGCAGAGGAAUCGCACUGUCUGCUAUGACCUGAGCCCACCGGACCGCUCUGCAUCCUACUUCCCCUAUGGCAUCACGUUGACCAUCACCGGCUUCCUGAUGCCCUUUGUGGCCAUCCUGGCCUGCUACUGCAGCAUGGCCCGCAUCCUGUGCCAGAAGGACGAGCUGAUCGGCUUGGCGGUGCACAAGAAGAAGGACAAGGCCGUGCGCAUGAUCAUCAUCGUCGUCAUCGUCUUCUCCAUCAGCUUCUUCCCCUUCCACCUCACCAAGACCAUCUACCUGAUCGUCCGCUCCUCGCCCAGCUUGCCCUGCCCGACCCUGCAGGCCUUCGCCAUCGCCUACAAGUGCACACGGCCCUUUGCCAGCAUGAAUAGCGUCCUCGACCCCAUCCUCUUCUACUUCACCCAACGCAAGUUUCGCGAGAGCACCCGCUACCUCCUCGACAAGAUGAGCUCCAAGUGGCGGCACGACCACUGCAUCACCUACGGCUCCUAGGUGGACGAGGCCACCUCAGUGUCACCGGGGCUGGGCAUGGAGAAAUUUGGGUAGAAGCUGCAUGGUGUGGAGAUGGGGAUGUGCCUGGGCAUGUUGCCCAAAGAGCUGUAGGUGCCCCAUCCCUGGAGGUGUUCAAGACCAGAUUGGAUGGGGCUCUGGGACCUCCUGGGUUGGAACUAGAUGAUGUUUGAGGUCUCUUCCAACCCAAGCCAUUCUAUCAUCUCCCAAGCUUCCAGCACUCAUUUCCAUACCAACUCCAGCCCGCAGCAGUGCAGAGAGUGUCCCAGCACGGGGCCCACGUGGUGUCCAUUGGCUCUCACCAAUUGCUCAAUGCCAUCCUGGUUUUAGCUCCUUUGUGCCAAGUUUUGGUAGAGGCUGAAGCACUAACGCAGUAAAUGCCACCAGUGGGACCGUGGAGGAGACUGUGGGGGCAUGGGGAGGAGGGAUGGGACAGCCAGGGUGUUAUUUCUGCCCCUGAAAUGUUCAAAGCUUCCACUCAUCUUAUGGGGAUUUACGAUCUCUGGGGAGGAUUUUUUUUUUUUUUUUGCCUGGGAAAUGUGGCUCUGUGUUUCCCCAGUAAAACUGUGGGGCAGUUCUGGGGUCCCGAAUAUCAGUAGCCUCCAGAACCUCCAUGGCCCCAGGAGGGGAAAAGUUCAGUGUCACAGACAUUUCAGGGGCAACUCUGGGUUAUCCCAGAAUGGGGCUGGACCAACAAGAGACAUGGACUCAGUGGUGCAAGAGAGCACCCCCAGCCACGCUGGGAGCUGGGAAGGAGGAAUGAAGAGAACCAGGACACCAAUGCCACAUUUCCACCCAGGCAAUGACCAUGGGCUGAGAUAGGCACAUGCCAGCAUUGCUGUCACCUGUCCCUGGACUCUCAGCAUCCUCUGCCACCUCUGUCUCCCAGAACCCUGUAUCUGAUGUGCACCCCAUGGGGCAUCAGCAAAGAGCCAAUGAAUCAAAGCAUCGUGGUUUGCAUGGGACAUUGUCCAGAUGAGGUUGAGCCAUUGCCACCAAGAUGCUGGGCGCCGUGGAUGUACCUCUAACUGCUUUGCCCGUCUCUAACACAUAGGAUGUAUAGAAUAAACCUACCCUCCUUGUUCCUAUAUGUACCCAACAACACACACAUGCCAUAUGUACCCAUGUGUAUACAUGUAUACACCCAUCUAUACAAUCUACAGAUACGGUGGUUCUCA